AGCAGCUAAGCCCCAAAACUCCCUCACAGCCAAAUGUAUGCCGGGCGAGCGACACAAUUUGCCAAAACCAUCAGCAGCAUGGCUUGCAGCAUACAGAAGCAGCAGCCACAAGCCGCAGCACAGAACGUAGCCACAGGCAUAUCCACAGCCAUGACGAUGACGACGACGACGACGACGACGACGACGACAGCAACCUCAUCCACAGCCCCAUCCUCAUCGAGUGGUGCAGUGGCGACAGCGGCAGUAGUUCCUGAUGUCCGACGUGGAGCUGGUGGCUCUAGUGGAGCGGGCACUGUGCCCUCCACACCGAAAUCAACCAAGACUUCGGCUCAACCGCGUGGCUCCCUGCCAACGGAUGUAAAUCUGCCCCCGUUGGAAUUUCAAUGGCCGCCGCCGGUGCCUGUUUCGACGCACACCAGCAAUUUGCGACUGAACAUGAUGAAUCAGGAUCCCAAGGACCUGCACACGGCACGGGCCAUGAUUGAGGAGCUGCGCUCCAAGGUGCGAUUUCAAACGGAGCACAUUAUGAAGUGGCGCAAGGCAUACGCCAUGCAGGUGCAGCAGCAUUAUCGCUAUCAAAAGGAGAAAUCCGAUCAGAUGAACUCGCUGACGUCGCAGCUGCUGCUGCUGGAGUCCAGGCUGAAGCGAAAGCAGAAGCAAAUCUCCAGCCUGCUCAACCAUCGAGAGCUGACAAUUGCGCGGCAACAGAAGGUCAUUGAUACGCUGUCCUCGCGGCUGGUGGAUCACGGACUGGAGACAAUCGAUGCGAGCUAUGCCAAUGAGUUGGACUCGCUGAACGACUCGGAUUCGGCGGUGGUGCUGGAGGACAUUGAUUCGGACAGCACCAUGACAUUGGGCACGCGACGAAGGAGCAGUGGCGGAGGAGGAGUGCUAGGCAGCGAUGGCAUCACCAUCGUUCGAUCGAUAUCCGAUGCAAUUGAAACGAAUCUGAAUAAAUAUGGAGCUGCACGGCGGAACAAUUGCUUCCUGCGACGUCCGGACAUCCUGGAAACUGUUUAUUCGGUGGAAGAGGACCCCGAACCCACACCCGAUGUGGCGGAGAAGCGAGAUAAAUUCAAGAAUCGAUCGGACAAAGCCUUGAGCUCGAGCUCCACCGAGGGACAAAUCGAUGGCGUCAGCCCCACGGCUUCUGGCGGUGCGGAUAAAGCCAAAGAGUCGUCGUCAUCGAUGAGUGUCGAUGGAGGCAGUGCCGUGCCGCGUCGACAGUUGGGUGCCCUGAAGCGAUCCCCCAGCCAUGAUGCACCGUGCACUACGGUGAGUGUCAAAGUGCCGCAGUUGCAACCAUCUCCACAGCAGUCACAGCAAGAGCCGCUCAAUGGCAAGAAUCAGGUACUCUCCUACAAUCGUGUUAUGUUGAACCAUCGAUCGGUGACAAAACCGAAGGACGUCAAGUACAAGCGCAUCAACAAGGCCAAGUCCAAGAGUCUUGAGGAGCUGCGUGGGCGUCUUAAGAAUCUGGUGGAACGACCGCCCGGCCUGGAGGGUGGCUAUCCCUCGGGUAUGAUGCCACAGACGGCACAGUCGUAUGCGUGACAUUUGCCACAGCAGCCAGAAGACGCUGGCAGCCCCAAGAAGCCCAGGCAGAUGGAGCACAUAGAUGUAUGUCGAAGGGGUUCCUCCACCACUCAAAUGGUGUCAGAGGCAGAUGAAGAGCCAGAUGGUGGCAGGCAUAGCUGUCCGAAGCGUUCAAUGACCCUGCCACGGAUAUUAGUGCCACAUGCCACAAACAGCAGCAGUAGCGGCAGCGGUGGCAGUGGCACUGGUAGUGGCAGUGGUGGGCGUGGCAGUUUCUAGCAAUUAAAGAAAUUUUUCAUACGCAAUUGUGAUAAAAAGUGAAACCGUUUUUCCUUCUACCUUUCCUCUCUGUUAGUCCUCUUUUGGGGAGGAU